GGCUUUAUUAUAAAGAGUCACUUCCUGGUGACCUUCAUAUUUCCCUGUGUGACUCACCUGGACACAUGAACAAAUGAAUCUGGAGGAGCUCAGUUGGCGUCAUUUUCUCCGUCGUCCAGUGCUGUUGCUGUUUUUCUCCUGCACACCUGCUGAAGCCUUGUUGUUGUCAUGAAAAGGACUUCCUCAUUCCAUGAAAUACUUGAGGUGACACAACAUGUGACAGCUCACUCGCAUGCAAACAAGAAGAAGAUGAUCUUGAUGGUUCUGCUCGUGGUUCUGUCCUCCUCUGUCUGUGUGAUGUCUUCUGGGAAAAAGACAGCGACCUUCUAUCAGGCAGAGGAGGACGAUGACAUCACCAUCAGCUGGAACAGUCCCAUCAGAACCAACAUGUCUCUCACCAGCAUGUGUUGUUUUCUCCAGUCAAACCCUUCAAAGCUUUUGUAUGAAAUGUUUAACAGCAUCGACGUCCCAGAGUCUCAGGAUCAACAGUUUGCAGGACGAGUCCAGUGUGACAAAGACGCCCUCAGAGACGGACGGAUCAGACUUCAUGUGUCCAGACUCAAGACUGAGGACUCUGGAAGCUACUGGUGUGACCUGGCUGCUAAUUAUGACAAGAUGACGAGGAGAUGGGUGCUGGAGACCACAGAACAUUUUGUCUUGAAUGUGACCUCUCGUGGAGAAAACAGAGGACACGAGGAACACAACAUCAUCAUACCAGUGUCAACUGAAGAUGCUGAACACACAGCAGGAGGGCCGAAGAAGAAAGUGACGUCAGUCGACUGGAGCACAGCUGACAUGUUUCACAGAUGGAUUCCACUUGGAUCUUUCUUAGUUGUUAAUGUCAUAUGCCUCCUCGUUGCAGCAAAAUAUAUUCUGACAGGUCUCAUCGACAUAAUAAUGGUCAACAUCAGGACAGAUGUUGUAGAGAUCAAUAGGAUUCAUCGUCUGGCCAACUAACAUCCACAGCUGCUCUGAUGUGAACACAUAUAAAGACUCUGGCUGCAUCACUUCUUACAUUCUGGGUCCAAAUUAGGCCUUAAAAUAAUACUGCGUACUGUGUAUUAAUUAAUUUUUAUUUAACAAGAGCUGGGUGAUCCAGCCUUAAGAUAAUAUUUUAAUAUUGUUACACAAUACAUUUUUACUCUCCUCUAACACUCUCUAUAAAUGUACACAAUCAAGUAUGGCAAUAUUUUUGAUCAAAGAACUCGAGGUGGGGCGACUAUUGUGGGGCUUCACAGUAUUAACACCAUGAUUUCUGAUCAAUAAUCAUCAUGCAUGAGAAUACAAUGAAUUGGUGGGUAAAGUAUUAGAACAAUAUAUUAAGUUGAGAAAAUCACAUCACUGUAAUGCGGCUUCAAAACAUGGAAACUAAUAUUUGUCGUGAAGGUCAUCAGUCAUCCAGGUGAUGGUUCUAAGAAACUGGAGGAGAGUUUGAGGAUUUAAACCCUGUGUGGGUCUCAAACAGAGGUACAACCUUUUUUUCUGACUGAAUAAAUUAUGAAUAAAUUGAGGAUGAUCACAAUCCUUCAAUUUAUUCUCACAGUAUUUGAGAAAUAUGUCACAACUUCAGUUUGAUCAGUAACUGAAGUUAGAGUCAGAAGAGUCAGAGCGAACAAGUGAUGAACAACAAUAAUGGAGGAAACGUUCUUCACCUCACUGAUCUGAAAUCAGCUUUAAACUUUCCUGGUUGUAAUGUGCAGUUUAAAGUGAAAUGAAGUUCUGCUGUUUGGUUUUUAUUUGUUAUUUACUGUCUGUUACUGUGACUGAAAGAAAAGCUGUCAUCUGUUCACGCUGGUGUUAAAGAUAAAGGUCAGCAGAGGGCGCUCUUCAUCUCAAAGACACUGUACUGAGAGCAGUUUGUUUCCGUCUCAGUCAGCUGUGUCUUCAUAUUUCUGUAAAACAUGUUUCAUAUGAUGAUUGUAUUGAAGUAAUGAUAAAGGCCCACGAGGACGUCAUGCAGUAUUUCCAAAAGAGAACCUAAAGUGGGCUGAAAGUCAGUUUGUAACUGUCUCUGAGUGUUAAUAAAGUUUAUUAUCA